CGGGAGUGUCUCGAACAGGCGAUCAGUGUCGUGGGACGUCGCUGUCGACACCAUCCUCCGCUCCGGAGUGUUGUUGGUCGAUAGAGCUCCUCCUGCAUCUUCAGCGGCGAAGAGCGGCAGACGAUCAAGCCGGAGAUUACCCAUCCCAUCGAACGGCGUGCUGAAGCUGCAGCUUGCGAGGACGAGAGCGAUGGCGCGCAACUUGCUUCCAGCGAUGGCGGUCAUGGCGGCUCUGUCGGUCGUGACGAUCCUGAGUGUUGCCACGCCUGCCCUCGCAGGCCCGCCGAAGGUCACCAUCAGCUCGGUCGCUUACGGCGGCAGCGGUUGCAGCUGGAGCGAUAGCACCUACGUGCUCUCUCCCGACUACACCGUUCUCACAUUCAUCUUCGGCAAUCUGAUUGCCACGACGGAUGCGGGCUUAUUGGGUCAGCGAAAGACAUGCCAGAUUUCCUUGUCGCUGGACUAUCCUCCUAGCUGGAGUGUCACGCUGGGCUCGGUCACCGGCCGCGGGUUCACCGACAUCGCCAAGGACUCCAAGGGCGUGUACGAGACACAGUUCUACUUCUCUGGCCAAACCGGGACGCCCACCAUAACGCGCACAUUCGCCGGCCCGCGGACAGGCAACUUCGAGGUCACCGACAAGUUCCUUACGGUUGUGUACAGCCAGUGCAACGAUACGCCUAACCUGAACAUCAAGCAUGUGGUCCGCGUGGAGGGCAGCAAGGCCGUGGUCGGGCUCGAUUCGUCGGACUCAAAGUUUAAGCUCCUGUUCAGUCUCCUAUGGAAGAAGUGCUAAGUUAGACUCGGAAGGCAGCAUCUCGUGCAGCAAGCGGGUGGGAGAGGCGGCAGUCGUUAUGGUCAAGCAGCAGCGAUGGAUGGAGCGGAGGCAAAGAGUGUUUUUCGGAGCUGCCGACCUGCUCAGUGCUCACACUCAAGCUAAUAGCUGUAGAGGAUGGCGAUGCACACACAGAGUGUGUGGCUGCAGCCAGAAUGGCUGGGUUCUAAGUCUGAGGUGAUAGGGGGUCAAUGUUAAGGCCAUCCACUCCACGAGAUUCAGACGCUAGACGAAGUGGACGAAGUAGACAAAGUAGACGCCGCACUGCUCCCAUGAGUCCCAUCCACAAAAGCUCGGUAGCUGGUAGAUUAAUCCGGGGUGCUAUUCCCCUACUAUGACGCUUGUGGUUCUGAUACCUGUGAUGGGUGACAGAUUCCUUGCAUCCUGUAUGUAACUUGUACCAAAUGGCCAAACUCUAAGCAGUACCACCAAGCGUGUGUGUGUGUGUGUGAUUACGUGUUGUUGAUGAGCGUUUAAAGGGCGUCUCAAGCAGUAUAGGAGGGAGCUAAUGAUCAAGUGUGUAGUGAUGUCCUGCUUCCCUAUUGUGUGCCCAUUUGCCAUCAUCGACGAGCAUCCACCAAUUACCGGUAAAGAUGCGGGCAAAAAUGGUCCAGCACUGGGGUAAUUAACCGAGAACGUGAAAGUGGCCCAGCGGGAGGCAUUCUUAGACCCAUUGCUUCGUAGCUUGGCCAAGAGAGGGUCGCGAGCUGGUGUCCGUGGCAAUAGGGCCAGGCUGUCUCUUGGGGGUGAGGAGAGAUUCCCAGCUUAGUGGCUCUGCACUUGCACGCAGAGGAAGGGCGACCGUCACUCACUCGUUGCACAACAUCUCUAACCUUCGAGUUGGUCAUUUGAGGUAGGUGGAGUGCAAAAGACUUAUCUCCUCUGUUCUUGGUCUAAUGACAAU